AUGUCUUCACCACAAAAAAAUGCGUUACAUUAUUCAAAGUAUGACUUGACGAACCGAGAAGGUAUUGCUCCUCCGCCUUAUAAACGGUUGAUUCAAUCGGUAACUGUUGACUCAUGGGUAACUAAAUUUGGAGGUCCGUUCUGUUGGAGUACGUUUACCGAGUACCAUAUUACCACAGUUUUUAAAACAGACAACGGAUCCAUUGGAGAAGCAGUCACGCGUAAAAGAUAUAGUGAGUUUUUGGCGUUCUAUCAAAAACUUGCAGCAAAAUACGGGUGGAUAAGAUUGCCCCCGUUUCCGGAUAAACAAUAUUUUGGAAAUAAUAAUCCGGAAUUUAUCGAGAAACGACGCCUUGAAUUAACGAGGUUCUUGCAAACCUUGACAGAGUGGCGUGAUAAUGAUGUGGAUGUUGUGUCGUUCCUGAAGAUCGCUCCAGAGAAUAUAAUAAAGAACAACGAUGAUCACAGCACAAAUAAAAUCCCAAAACGUGGAUGCCUACGAAAUAAUAAUAGUCUUUGUACGCCUCCUGCCUCACCUACGCCCUCUUCCGAUGUCAAUAAAGAGGCUGACGUUGUAGUUGACAGCGAGACUAUGAAACAACGGCGGGUAUCGUGGGACAAUAAAGUCGAAGUUUACAUAUUAAAGAUUGAGCCUUACUUUUUUCAUAAAGGCCAUCAUCAGCUGAUGUUCGCGGAUAUGCGAAGUUAA